UUUAGCACAAAGGUUUUCUUUUUGAGCUAGAAGCUAUCGAUUAUUCUUCUUCAUUGUCCGAUACCAAUAUCUCAAAAAACUUUUUAUUUUUCAGACCCACAUCGAAAACAAAACAGAAAAGGGAAAACAAGAUGAUCCUCCACGACGACCAACCCACACGACCUAAAAACAAGCAAGUAGACCUUUUGCCGCCGACCGCCCCACCGCCGCCCGUCAUGUUAGACCACCAGGCCUCAUCACAAAGCAGCAUUGAGGAAGCACAAAGCAGCAUUGAGGAAGCGGGCAGCGAAAGAGCUAGUAGUACCCCACCUUCGCAUGAACAAGAUCAUGCUCUGCACAAUCAGACAUCGGAGUCAUCGGGCGGUGGUGGCGGCGGUGGUCCCGGCACAAUAGCGUCGUAUUCACCCGAAGAUGCAACUAGUACUACACUUUUUUCGACGAACAAUGAAGUGGCCCGCCC